AUGUCGCAAGAAAAGCAAGACGUCUCUAUCAACUCCUCUCCAGUGGCCGCUGCGGCUGCACUGGGGCAACAGCCUUCACAGCUGGCCAGAGUGGUCAACUCGGGGCCAGUGUCGAUUCUGUGCUACUGUGCGUCGUCGAUCUUGAUGACGACGACCAACAAGUACGUUGUUUCCGGGCACCACUUCAACCUCAACUUCUUUCUCUUGGCGAUCCAGUCGAUUGUGUGUUUGAUUGCGAUUGCCACCCUGAAGUUCUUUGGCGUGAUCACGUACCGCCAGUUCAACGCGAACGAGGCCAAGAAAUGGUCGCCGAUCGCGUUCUUGUUGGUGCUCAUGAUCUACACCUCGUCGAAGGCCUUAAAGUACCUAGCGAUUCCGAUCUACACCAUCUUCAAGAACUUGACCAUCAUCUUGAUCGCCUACGGCGAGGUCUUGUGGUUCGGCGGCGAGGUGACCCCGAUGGCGCUCGGCUCCUUCGUCCUCAUGGUGCUCUCGUCCAUCAUCGCCACCUACGGCGACACCGACGCCAGCGGCUCGAUGAACUUCAACGUCGGCUACUUCUGGAUGGCCUUGAACUGCUUCUCCUCCGCCUCCUUCGUUCUCUUCAUGAGAAAGAGAAUCAAGUUGACCAACUUCAAGGACUUCGACACCAUGUACUACAACAACUUGUUGUCCAUCCCUAUCUUGUUGGUCUCCUCCCUCUUGUUGGAAGACUGGUCUUCUGCCAACUUGGACUUGAACUUCCCUCCAGCCUCCAGGGUCAGUGUCUGGCUUGCUAUGAUCAUCUCCGGCGCAACCUCCGUCGGGAUCUCCUACUGCUCUGGCUGGUGCAUCAGAGUCACCUCCUCCACCACCUACUCCAUGGUCGGUGCCUUGAACAAAUUGCCGAUCGCAUUGUCCGGCUUGAUCUUCUUCGACGCCCCAAUCAACUUUUUCUCCAUUUCCUCCAUCUUUGUUGGGUUCUCCGCAGGUUUGGUCUACGUCGUGGCCAAGCAAAAGCAAAAGGAGAUGCAAGCAAAGCAAGAGUUGCCAAAGUAA